ACCAACAUGGCGACUCUCGGCCAUAUCGCCAGAGAAUCAUCCGACAUCACACGCCUUGCCCAAUUUUACAAAGAGGUAUUUGGGUUUGAGGAGAUCGAAAGCCCUGAUUUCGGAGACCUAAAGGUGGUGUGGCUAAACUUGCCAGGUGCUUUUGCAAUGCACAUAAUCCAGAGAAACACUUCAACAAAUCUUCCAGAAGGUCCUUACAGUGCCACCUCAGCGGUUCGAGAUCCGAGGCAUCUCCCAAUGGGUCACCAUAUCUGCUUCUCCAUCUCCAACUUCGACUCUUUCCUUCGCUCUCUCAAGGAGAAAGGGGUAGAAACUUUCGAGAAGUCUCUUCCUGAUGGAAAAGUCAAGCAAGUUUUCUUCUUUGAUCCAGAUGGAAACGGAUUAGAGGUUGCAAGUCGAUCUGAGUCUUGA